AUGUAUCACUAAUUGUUUGUGUUGUAAUAUUUUCAAAUGAUUGGUUUGCUUGUGGCAAUCUUAUUUAUGUAAUAGAACUCUUGUUCUAAGUGAUCUACCUGCAUUAGGUAGGGGUAAGGUCUGCGUACAGACUACCCUCCCCAGACCUCACCAGUUGGGAUAUACUGGGUUUGUUGUUGUUUUGUAACUCUUGUUCUAAGUGACAAGGAAUUACUUUCUUUUAAUAGAAAGUGCAAACUUCUUAACUUAAACCGUGACGAAUGACGAAUGAAUCACUAGGUGAGUAAUUCCUGUCUCUGUUAACAGAAACUGAUUAGAAGUUUUCAACAAAUACUUUUUAUCUUCUGUAGCUGCUAUUUCCUUUCCUUUUCUUUCUUUCAGAGAGAACAAUAACUUAAUUAACAGAGGACAAUAACAUAAUUUAGGUUCUACUACAAAUCUGCUAAUUAACAGAUAUCUACAUUAACAAUGUAUCCAGAUAUGCCCUUUGCACUUGGAUUUUUAGCUUAAAUUAGUUUUAUUUCUGCAUUUUGAACAGUUGGUUCAGUGGAUUAUUGUCUGUCUGUAGCUGAAAAUUUGUAAUAUUUCAUCUUCUAGAUAGUAUAGUAUCCCAAAUUUUUGUUUCAGCUUAACAAUUUCUUUCACAGAUCUCCGUGUUUGAGCGUCGAAACUUGUUGGAGGAGUAGGGGAUGACUGUUUUAGGAUGCCUAAGGGUCUGAAAAUGGAUAUGCAAAUGUAUCUCUUAUUUUAGCUACAAGAUCAGAUUUUUUUCAUAGAGGCAAGAGUUUUUAUCUGCUGACGAAGAUGAGGAAAUUGUUGCGGCCAAUACUUGUUGUUCUGUUGUUCAGAAUUGACUGGAAGAAGCUCUUCUUCAUUGGUGCUAUUCUGACACUGUUUAGGGUUGUAGUUCAAAUUUCUACACUUCCUCAUCCUCUGACUGAAUGGAGUCUCUUUCCAUCAUUGGAUGUUUCAUCUUAUCGAAAUUCGAACCAUGAAAAGAAAUUAAGGGAACUUCCGGCGAGAGAUAACUGGUUCAAUAUUAGUCAGCAUGCCCCCCUAGUUGUUUCAAUCAACUCUACCGACAGAUUAAGUCAAAGAAUGCAAGUUCUGGAAAAACAAGAGCAAGUUUCGAGACAGGGGAAACAUAGGAAGCAUGUCACUGCAGUUGAUAAAUUUAUUUCCCCUCCACCUGUUAGAAAUGUGUCCAAUAACUUGCCAAGAUACAUAGCAUCGUUGACUCCGGAUGAGGCACUUGCAUAUGCCAGAAGAGAGAUUGAGAAUGCCCCACUAGUUAGAGAUGAUCAGGGCUUGCAUACUCCUCUGUUCAGGAAUGUAUCUGCCUUUAAGAGGAGUUAUGAGUUGAUGGAGCUUAUACUCAAAGUUUACAUUUACAAAGAAGGGAAAAGGCCUAUUUUUCAUCAACCUUAUCUUAGAGGAAUUUAUUCAUCAGAGGGAUGGUUCAUGAAGCUGAUGGAAGAAAGCCGCCAUUUUGUGACACGGGACCCGGAAAAGGCUCACCUAUUCUAUCUUCCAUAUAGUGCACGUCAGUUACAAAGGGUACUAUACGUGCCUAACUCACAUAACCUUAAGCCAUUAUCGGUGUUCCUACGGGACUACGUGAACAUGCUAGCUGCGAAGUAUCCUUUCUGGAACCGGACACGUGGGUCAAAUCACUUCCUUGUUGCUUGCCAUGAUUGGGGACCUUACACGCUAAAGGAUCAUGAGGAGCUAAGUAGAAACACUAUAAAAGCUCUCUGCAAUGCAGAUAUAUCUGAAGGAAUAUUUGUUAAUGGGAAGGAUGUUUCCCUUCCGGAAACCACCAUAAGGAAUCCCAGGAGGCCGCUUAGAAACCUUGGCGGAAAAAGAGUGUCACAACGCCCGAUUCUUGCCUUUUUUGCUGGAAAUAUGCACGGUCCGGUCCGUCCCAAACUUCUUAAGUAUUGGAAGGACAAAGAUGAAUCCAUAAAAAUUUAUGGGCCUUUACCCCAUAGAGUCUCAAGAGUUAUGUCUUAUUCCGAACACAUGAAAUCAAGCAAGUUCUGCCUUUGUCCGAUGGGUUACGAAGUUAACAGCCCGAGGAUUGUAGAGGCGAUAUAUUAUGAGUGUGUUCCAGUUAUCAUUGCUGAUGAUUUUGCCCUUCCAUUUAACGAAGUUCUUAACUGGAGCUCUUUUUCUUUGGUUGUUGCUGAGAAAGAUAUUCCUAGGCUAAAGGAAAUUUUAUUAAGUAUACCUCUGAGACGUUACCAGGCCAUGCAGAAUAAUGUCAAGAUGUUACAGAAGCAUUUUCUGUGGAACUCUACACCGUCUAGAUAUGAUCUGUUCCAUAUGAUUUUGCACUCAAUUUGGUUUAGCAGGCUCAACCAGCUUCAAGUAUCACAAAUAUCAUAAUUCCUCGAGUUCUAAUCGUUCCAACUUGACAGUCUAUUGGAUUAUCAAUUUGGAUGUUGAUAUGCAAAACUUUUCAAGAGUUGCAGCCGGUUCAGUUCUCUUAACUUGUUCACUUGAAAUGAUAUCAGAUACUGAAUGCUUCUGCCACUUCUUUAGAAUAUCUGAGUUUAAGGGCUCAUCUUCUUGGCGGUUGACAGUGUGAAACUUUUUGAGAGUUGCUGCUGACUAAGUUCUCUUCACUAUACACUUGGAACAACCUCAAGUACUGAAUGCUUCUGCCGCUUAGCUAGAAAUCAAAACUAGCAGUCGGGGAAAGGCUGCCAUUCUAUAAAGGAGUUUAGUAAGGGAGAGAACCUAUGUUCAUGAAUCAAUAAAGCAAUCACUGAUGGCAGAAUCUGCUUUUGCACUUGACGAAAAGAAAGCUUCUUGCAGAAGACUAACUCCGAUAAUGAUAGUUGAUAUCCCAAGUCUCAAACCUAGCAAGUUUGGUCUUAUUCAUAGUUGAAGGACAAGAAUGGCGGGUAAAACUUUUGUCCAAAUGUCAUGAGCAUUUCACGAUUUCCCAGAUAUUCAAAAUAUUUUCUGUAAUGAUCUCAAGUUUGCAGAACGAUGCAAGACAAGGAGUAGUCCAUUGAUAUUCCACGGAAAUGAACCAAAAUAAAACUACGGUAUGCUGAUGUGUAUCUCGAUGAUCUUUCCCAAGUUACAGGAUUACUUUGAGAAGAAAAGAAAAAGACAGAAAAGAAGAGAAGUGGAGAGGAAAGAAUAAAGUGAAGAGAGAAGAAAGAUCGAGAUAAUGGAAUAUUUUACGAUACUCCUCUUCGUUAGUUGUUGUGUAUUUAUAGAUGAGCUGUGCCUGUGACUGAAUGAGAGUGAGCUGAGCUUACACAGUUACUGCUUACUGAUUCAGAUUAGGACAUGCAUAUUCUCUCAGGAGUUCAUUUCGUGCGUUAUAUGCAUCUGCGAUGUUGCAUAGAAGAUCAACUGAGUUCAUUUUUCAGAACAGUAUUGGUCUCAGAGAUGAGGUAGUUAUUCUAACAAAGUGCAUUUAUCAUGUAUAUCUGAUAGCAGAUUUGUGUUGCUGAUUAUUUAUUCUUCUCCAGAAAUGAAGUGCCAGUUCAAAAUUCCAAUUGAUGUUUGUAUCAACUCUACAGAAUACUCAUAUAGGUUAAAUGUGCCUAAGAUAGCAUUGAAUACCCCAAAUUCACUCUUAUACUCGUCUUGCCAAAUCAUUAGCUGUGAUAUUCGGUUAAAACGGUGUGUGAUAUUGUCCGCUUCGGGCUAAGGGCUGCCGACUUUUCCCGAAAACUCUCAUACCAUUAAGAGUAUUUAACUCUUUAUAAGUAACUUCUCUUCUUCUUUUUUUUUCUA